AUGAUAGAAAGUGACAUCACGCCCAAAAUGUCAGGAAUGAUCAGAAGCUCGGGGCACAGUCACCACCGCUCUCCACAGGAGUACAGGCUCCUGCCUCCCACGGGCGAUGGCGAGCUCCCCGGGGACCUUCAGUCACUGUCAUGGCUCACAGCCGUGGAUGUGCCCCGGCUGCAGCAGAUGGCAAGCGGACGCAUAGACCUGGGAGGCCCCAACCUAUCACACCCACACCCAGGUGCCUUGGCUGGCGUGCAAGACCUGCAUGUGUGCGAGACCCCACGUCCCCUGCUCCGUGGUCAAAAUGCUGUGGUCCCCAGAGGCAUGCUGGGCUUGGGCCCCAUAGGCAGCCACAGAGCCAGCAUGAACCCGUUCCCCACGGGAGGUCAGUCCUCAUCAGGCCUGCCGGAAAUGCCACAGCUGUAUUCGCCUGCUGCCCAAGUCCAGUUCCCUCUACCUCCGGGAUCCCAGCAGUGUCCUCCUGUGGGCCUCUAUGGCUCUCCAUUUGCAGCAAGGCCUUCCUACCCAGGGGCCCACACGGCCAUACACUCAUCUCAGGAGCUGCACCCCAAACACUACCCCAAGCCCAUCUACUCCUACAGCUGUCUGAUCGCCAUGGCCCUGAAGAGCAGCAAGACUGGCAGCCUGCCCGUGAGCGAGAUCUACAGCUUCAUGAAGGAGCACUUCCCCUACUUCAAGACCGCGCCUGACGGCUGGAAGAACUCAGUGAGACACAACCUGUCACUCAACAAGUGCUUCGAGAAGGUGGAGACCAAGUCCAGCGGCUCCUCGCGGAAGGGCUGCCUGUGGGCCCUGAACCUGGCACGCAUCGACAAGAUGGAGGAGGAGAUGCACAAGUGGAAGAGGAAAGAUCUCGCCGCCAUACAUCGCAGCAUGGCCAACCCGGAGGAAUUGGACAAGCUCAUCUCAGACCGGCCGGAAAGCUGCCGGCGUCCUGGCAAACCCGGGGAGCCUGAGGCCCCUGUGCUGACUCAUGCCACCUCGGUGGCCAUGGCCCACAGCUGCCUGGCCAUCCCCCAGCUCCCACCAAAGCCACUGAUGACCCUGUCCCUGCAGUCAGUCCCCCUGCACCACCAGAUCCAGCCCCAGGCACACCUGGCCCCAGACUCGCCGGCGCCAGCGCAGACCCCACCUCUUCAUGCCCUACCUAACCCCAGCCCAGGGCCUCUCCCGCAGCCAGCCAUGGGCAGGGCUCCCGGGGACUUCCUCAACAUCAGCACUGACAUGAGCACGGAGGUGGACGCCCUGGACCCCAGCAUAAUGGACUUCGCUCUACAGGGUAACCUGUGGGAAGAGAUGAAGGAGGACAGCUUCGGCCUGGACGCCCUGGGGACCUUCGGGGACUCCCCACUGGGCUGUGACCUGGGGGCCCCAAGCCUGGCCCCUGUGUCUGGCAGCAGUGACCAGCCCUUCCCCGAGGUGCAGGUGACGGGUCUCUAUGCUGCGUACUCCACGCCAGACAGUGCAGCCCCAUCGGCGGCCACCUCUGCACAGUUCCUGGGGACUCCAGGGAGCAAGUCCAUAGCUCUGCUCUGAGCCGCCCGCCUGGAAGAAAGGCCCCGAGGCUCCGCAGCGUCUCUAGCUGCGGGUUGACAGGAAGUGACAGCUCUUGCUUCUUCCUGC